AUGGCAUUUAUCAAAAGAGUUAUAUUACUCGCAAUAGUCUCCAAAUUGGUUUCUGAGUUUUUUAUAACUGGUAACACAACCUUUGCAGCCUAUGCAGACCCUACCGCAGAUGACAGUUUAAGCAAGGCAAUACCUGACACAACUUUACCUGGUGGAUCUGGACAUGAAGUUGACUUCACUAGUGAGACUCUGAUGGUACCAAAGAGGCCUUUGGUUAAGGUUGAAACUACAGUUGGUCCGCCUUUUGAGCCUAACCCUGUAUUGGUUAAGAAGUUAACCGAUUCUGUCGGUCCUAAGGGCAAUGUUAAACUUGAGAGUAUUAAGGAGGAGGACGUGAUAAGGAUUCCAGGAGGUAAAUCUCCCAUUGAAUCUAAGAAGAAAUCAGUUGUUACCGUUAGCAAAGACAUGCCAAGCACAAGUUCUGGAAACAAUAAAAAGAAAAAAGUAACUUUUUCAGACGAAACAAAGGUCAUUGAGCCACUUACUAGGGGUAAUUUCACCACAUUCGGGUAUACUCCAUAUGACGAUUAUACUCCGGAUACUAAAGCAGAAAAAAUUUACAGGGGUGGCAUGGUAAGUGUUUCUGAUGAUGAAUCAGAUGAUGAAGAAGAUGCAGGGCCUGAACCCAUUCACACACCUGCUAGUUACGACGGCAUGCACUAUGUAAAGCCAUAUGAUCUACCCAAAUCUAAUGAAUCAAAUCUCGAAAAACUUAGGAAAAAUGCAAGAAACACUUUAUCCAAAGCAGGAAAAACCCUGGAAAAAGUAGCGGAUAGGACGAAGGUUUCCACAAUGAGGGUAGUAAAUGAGUUUAGAAACAAAACAUCCAAAUCCAAAGCUCCUGUAGAACCGGAAUUAAGUAGUACAACAAGUAAUCCAACUGGCCUAUCAUCAAGAUAUGCAUUGUCAUCGUCUCAGUUUAGGGGCAAGUUGAGGAACUCAUCAAGGGAUAUUCUAUCAAAACAGGCUCAAAUUUUGAAAAACAUAGGGGGUAUGACUAGGCAAGGAGUUUACCGCUUGAAUGCUCAUUUAAAAACAAACUCUGCUGUUGCUCGUAAGUCUUGCAAUAGUAAAUUUAAUUUAGUCAAGGAAAAGAUAAAGGAGUGCGGCCGUAAAGGCUCAAAACCUUGUAAACUGAGAAAAGACGAGGGUACUGAAGCUCCGAAGGUAAAGGGCUCAAUGACUAUGUAUUUUAAAGACCAGUAUGGUCGUCUAUUGAGUGAAGAUGAAAUUAAAUACUUGUAA